AUGGAUAUUUUCCAAGCAAUUGAUAAACGUUCAUCGGGUGAACUAGGUAGAAUUGCUGAUGAACUUUAUCAUCAAAAGAGAAUUAACGAGAAAAAUCCACAAGGAAAGACUCCAUUAAUAUAUGCUAUUGAGAAAAAAUUCAAACAAGGCGUUAGAAUCAUUUCACUUAAUCAUGCAUCAAUCAUAGAACCUGAUUCUGACGGAAAUACACCUCUCCACGUUGCAGCUAAAAUCGACGAUGGAAGUAUGGUGAGUUUUUUAUUGCAAAAAGGAGCAAAACCAGACAUUUACGAUAGUAAUGG